UAUUUCCAAGUUCCGAUUCAAACCUGACUUAGCAGCAUGAGAUCGCAGGAUGACCUUUGACCUCUGGGGCACCGCAGGAUUUGAGAGGCCGGUGUUUGCUCAGCUCACGGUCAAUGACUGAUGGAGGCGGGGCCGGGGCCGACCUCUGGGGAGAAGUCCAGCGAGCGUGAGGAGCUCCGGGACGGACCUACCUGCCGGCUCUGGAGGAUGGCUCUCGGGCACGGCCUCCUCUGUCUGCUGCCGCUGCUCCUCCUGCUGACUCUGCUGCCACGCCGGAGCCCAGCCAGGGUCUGGCUGGAGGCGGCCCUGGACGCUGCGGCACGGAUCCUCUGGCUCAGCGUCCGUCUGCUGCUGGAUCUGCCCGUGAGCGGCGCCCACGCCAGCCGCUCAGCUCCGACCACAGAGGCCCUCCGCUUCGUCUGCAAACCCUCCGCUCUGGCUCAACACCUGCUCCACAACUGUCCCUCUUUGACCAAAGCCAGCAGCGGCGUCUGGCCCCAGGCAGACCCCCACAUCCAGACCUUCAGCAGCCAGGUGUUGGGCCCCCCCACAGAGCAGCUGCAGAUGACCAGAGAACACCUGCUGCUGGCCGACGGAGGACUGGUCACCCUGGACUGGGCCGCUGGGAUGGAAGCAGCGUGGACGAGGAGGAGGAGCAGGAGGAGUGGAGCGGGACAGGCUCUGGGCUGCUUCACCUCCACUCCUCCGGUGCUGGUCCUCAUCCCGCAGCACUGGGGAGGGGUGACCCCCCACCUGGAAGCUCUGUGCCUUUCGGCUGUGAGCCAGGGCUUCUGCGCGGUGCUCUUCCACCCGCGGGGCACAGCAGGCUCCCCGCUGACCACAGCACGGCUGGCAGAGUUCGGGGACUCAGCAGACCUGCAACAGGCGCUCGCCUACAUCCACCAGCGCCACCCCUCAUCCAAGCUGCUGGCAGUGAGCGAGGGCUCGGGAUCCGGGGUUCUUCUGUCCUACCUGGGAGAGUCCGGCUCCAGCUCCCAGCUCAGCGCCUGCGUGGCCAUCUCUCCGGUGCUCCUGGGCCGGCGCUGGUUCCAGACCCGGCUGCCUCCUGUCUAUAACAUGGCCGUGUUGUACCCGAGGAAGCUGCUGCUCCACAGGUACCGCAGUUCCUUCAGGCCGGUGCUGGAUGUGGACCGGGCUCUCGGCUGCUCCUCUCUCAAAGACCUGGAAGAGACUCUCUUCUGCUCGGCGUCUGGCCCUGGAGGGGCCGGGGACUGGGCCACUUACUGGCAGAGGAACGAACCCCUCCGUGACGCAGACGAAGUGGCGGUUCCUGUGCUCUGCAUCUGCAGCCACGACGACCCCCUGCUGCCCAGCUCCUCCACGCUGCCCCUCCCCCUCUUCCAGAGAAAUCCAUUCUUCUUCCUGGCUCUGACCGACACAGGAGGCCACUGUGGCUUCACCUGCUCGGGUCAGGAGCGGAACUGGAGUCACGCCACGGCGCUGGAGUUCUUCAAAGCCGUGGCUGACUUCAUGAACGUCGAGAAGGACGCAGGAGAAGUGGGUGUGGGCCGACUGGGCAGCCGACGGAGGCCCAGCGUGCUGCGGAGGAGCCGACCGCUCAGACCUGGCCUGGGCAUGAUGCAGAGUGAGGAGGCCCACUUCACCUGGAAGAGAUCGUACACACGAUAAAAGCUGUGCUCUGCUCCACACAGAACUGUGACCACAACAGCCAUGGCAAUGGAUCAAACUCUUGAAUCUCUUUUGAACCGUGAACUUGAGAUUAAUGAGUAAAGAAUCAGCCCUUAAUGGGAGAUUUUCACCAACGUUACAGUUUCAUGUGCGAUGAAAUAUUAAAGAAUGAUAA